CAUGCAGUGGGUCCAUUGCUUCGCCAACCUUCAGCCUGAUAUGCAACCACCUGUCAUUAAACAGCACGCCGUCGGCCUCUACACCUAGCGUGCGCGCGUCCAUUCGAUGACCGACCAGACUAGAGGCCACGGGGAAUGCUUGUUAUCUGCCCUUCAAUGGAUGAAAUCUCGCGGAGCAUGGCGGCAGGCAGCGGGAUGCCUUGGAAACAGUACUCCAGCGCCGCUCUGUACCAAGGACUGACUUCAUCUCCAGGGGCUCCCGGUGUGCUGGGACAUCGUGCAGGUCGAGCUUACCAGACGUCCAGCGCCUGUAGAUGCCGCGAUCCCGGUAGUCCUCGUACCAUGGACUGCAAGCGAACCUGGUUCAGAAUGAUCUUUAUGCAGCGGCAGACCGGGACGCUCCCGGGAAUAUCUGGCGGACGACGGGGAGACGCUUCGUGGUGUGCGGCGGCGAGGAGGGUUCAUGACGCCGCCGCUGAUAAGAACAUGAAGUUUUAUAUUGCUGGUCGCCCGGACUAUCACGACAUGGCACCGGUGUCCACAGUACGGGCAUUCCCCAAUACUUUCUCCCGACACUUAUGCAGGUCUCGAUGCUUCGAGGAAGCGGUGUUAGUGUUACUCGCCCUCUACCCAGAAAACAGGGCGAGCAGAUCAGGCAUACCCGGUCGAGCAGACUCGCGAGCCUCGUGGAAGGGCUGCCGUACGCCGGCUGCCAGGGACGAGAAGCGGAGUGUGGGCUCCGGCAUGUUCUUGGAGCAAGCUUCGCCGACGGUUCUAGUACUGGGCGUAUCGUUCUGUUCUAGGGGCGAAUAGCGUGCAUCUCGGCGAGAUCAACGCUAGAAUGGAUCAGAUUCAUGCUUUCUUUCGCCGUUUCUUCGUCGCUGUUUUUGUUGCAUAUCGCG